CGCGCCCCGGCCGGCCGCAAAGUUUCUCGGGCGGCAGCGGCGACUGCGCCUCGCGUCAGCGAUGGCCGCGGAGCUGAGCAUGGGGCCGGAGCUGCCCACCAGCCCGCUGGCCAUGGAGUAUGUCAACGACUUCGACCUGCUCAAGUUCGACGUAAAGAAGGAGCCGCUGGGACGCGCGGAGCGUCCGGGUCGGCCCUGCACGCGCCUGCAGCCAGCGGGCUCAGUGUCGUCCACACCACUCAGCACGCCGUGUAGUUCGGUGCCCUCAUCUCCCAGCUUCAGUCCCACCGAACAGAAGACCCACCUCGAGGACCUGUACUGGAUGGCGAGCAACUACCAGCAGAUGAACCCCGAAGCGCUCAACCUGACGCCUGAGGACGCGGUGGAAGCGCUCAUCGGCUCGCACCCGGUGCCACAGCCCUUGCAGAGCUUCGACGGCUUCCGCGGCGCGCACCACCACCACCACCACCACCACCCACACCCCCACCAUGCGUACCCAGGCGCCGGUGUGACCCACGAAGAGCUGGGCCCGCACGCGCACCCGCACCAUCACCACCAUCACCAAGCGUCGCCUCCGCCGUCCAGCGCGGCCAGCCCUGCGCAGCAGCUGCCCACCAGCCACCCGGGGCCUGGGCCCCACGCGGCGGCCGCGGCGACGGCGGCAGGCGGCAGCGGCAGCGUAGAGGACCGCUUCUCCGACGACCAGCUCGUGUCCAUGUCGGUGCGCGAGCUGAACCGUCACCUGCGGGGCUUCACCAAGGACGAGGUGAUCCGCCUGAAGCAGAAGCGGCGGACCCUGAAGAACCGGGGCUACGCCCAGUCGUGCAGGUAUAAACGCGUCCAGCAGAAACACCACCUGGAGAACGAGAAGACGCAGCUCAUUCAGCAGGUGGAGCAGCUUAAGCAGGAGGUGUCCCGGCUGGCCCGCGAAAGAGACGCCUACAAGGUCAAGUGCGAGAAACUCGCCAACUCCGGCUUCAGGGAGGCGGGCUCCACCAGCGACAGCCCCUCCUCUCCUGAGUUCUUUCUGUGAGUCGCGGCCGGUCCUGGCCCCCACCCUUGCCCUAGCCCGGACUCCCUGUCCCCAGUCCUGGACUGCCCUGGACCCUGCCCCUGCCACGGCCCUAGCCUUGACCUGUUUGACUUGAGGGAGAGGGAGGAACGGCGCGCGGGACGCGGGCGACGGGAGGGCGCGCGGGCAGGCUGGGGACCUUGGCCGAGGCGAGAGAGGCGCGCGCCAGGGCCGCCUCCGAGACUUGAGCAGAGCCAGAGCGAGAUGAGGGGGGUGGGAAGUCCCGGAGCAACUUUUCUCCAGGCUGGAGGGCGGCAAGGCAUAGUCCCGAGGAGUCGCCAAGGCCGUCUGGAGACUCCUGGCUUUCUGAACUUUGCGUGUUAAGCCGGGGCCGCUGCCUCGCCGUCCGGAGCGCGGUGCAGCCCAGGAAGAGAGCAGCGAGGAGAGGAGAGGAGAGGGACCCUGGCGUCCCGGAGGGCGCGAGGAGAGACUGAGCGAAGGAAGGAAGGACAGAUGGGUCUGUCUGUCCAGGGCCCGGAGAACACUGGCUCUCAGCCCGGAGACUCGAGCCUCAGUUAGGACGUUCCGCGCGCAAAUCUCAUCAAUUUUAUUGCCUGCUCGAUUAUAUAGAAAAACUACGAAAAUCUGCAUUAAAAAUAUUAAUCCUGCAUGCUGGACAUGUAUGGUAAUAAUUUCUAUUUUGUACCAUUUUCUUGUUUAACUUUAGCAUGUUGUUGAUCAUGGAUCAUAACCCCCGUAUUUCUUUGAGUGAGAAGGGAUCGCAGUUUGGAAACUCCCGCGGCUGCUGGCCGGGUUUCCACCCCGGCUGUCGGCUUGUAAAUACCCGCCCCGCCAAACCGCUUAGAGAACGUGGCAGCAAGCUGAGCGUCUUUGUUUGGGUUUAUGAUGAUGGCAAACAUUUAUUUUUUGUAAGU